GCUUCCCCGGCUCAGAACAUUAUCUGUCGUCGCAGGCAGCGCAUGUACGCUCAGCGGACUGUAGGGCUUCUUUUGAACCGUUCAGUGCCACCGGCCUCAUGAUGGACAGAAGUUCGAUCCUUAUCUGGAUAGGUGUGCUAUUCGCAAGUAUAGGAAUAAUACUUACCUUCAGCUGGAGCAGCAUUUUCGACUACAUUUUGCGAAAGGAACUUCGUUUGUCACCCACAUCCCAGAGCUAUGCGCUGUGGAAGGUCACGCCUGUACCAAUAACUAUGGAUUUCUACUUCUUCAACUGGACUAACCCGGAGGAACUAUUGCAAGAAAACUUCAAGCCUACGCUGGUUGAACUGGGCCCAUAUAGGUUCAAAGAAACUCGCGAGAAAGUGAACGUCACCUGGAACGCAAACCGCACGGUGUCAUACAAGCAGAAGAAAUGGUGGUACUUCGACCCCAGUAACUCCAACGGUACUCUGAAGGACAACGUCACUACACUCAACGCGGUUGCUCUGUCUGCAACUUCUGUGUCGCGGUUUCGGAGCGCUUUCCUACAACUUCCGUUAUCCGGAGCUAUCCGAGUGACAGGGCAGAACGUCUGGAUAACCAAGACAGUAGGGGAGUUUCUGUUCGACGGGUACAGCGACCCUCUUCUCACGAUGGCUAUGAAGAUGCCGCAUCUAGCACAGACGAGGAUACCUGUAGAUAAGUUUGGUUGGUUCUACACGAGGAAUGGUUCUGCAGAAUUUGACGGGGUGUUCAACAUGGAAACUGGGGAAGAUGACGUCAUGCAGGUUGGAAAGUUACGUAACUGGAACUACAACAAUCGCACGGACUUCUUUGAGGCUGAAUGUGGUCACGUGAUUGGCUCGUCUGGAGAGCUAUUUCCUCCUGGACGGAAAAAGGACAAGCCAGUGGUAAUGUUUUCGCCUGACCUCUGCAGGUCGAUCACUUUCGAGUAUGCCGCAGAAGUGGAGGUGCAUAGUAUGACAGGGUACCGGUUCGAACUCGGUAAAGGACUCUUAGACAACGGCACAAUUGACCACGACAACUGGUGCAACUGCGGAGGCCAGUGUGUUCCCCAAGGGACCCUCAACGUGACAGCAUGUCGUUACGGCGCUCCUGCAUUUGUGUCAUACCCACAUUAUCUGGAUGCUGACCCCUACUACGCAAACCUCGUCAGCGGGAUGAGCCCAGAUCCAGCUCGCCAUCGGUUUUACAUGACUUUUGAGCCAAAUACUGGGAUUCCCCUUGAUGUUGCUGCGCGAUUGCAGAUCAACUUGUUGCUGAAACCAAGUACUCAUAUCGCACUGUACAAUGACGUACCUAUCAUAUUCUUCCCGAUGAUGUGGUUUGAACAGCGGGCCACACUAACGCCGGAACUUGCUGCAAACCUUAGGCUGCUGUUGAUGUUGCCAGUCAUGGGUUUCUACUGCUCUCUUGGCCUUGUAUGCCUAGGCAUCGUCAUAGUGGCAUUACAAUUCGUGCCCAGGAUCCUUAGGAACGAGAAAUGGACAUUGCCACGUCGCAUUAAAAGGAUACCAUCAGACAAGAAGCCGCCCCAAAUCGCCUACUCCAAGGAAUGCAUCCGUCCACUAAUGCCAUUGCCAGAAAGCGUGUCUGUGACAUCACAAGAGGACGGCCCAAUUUCCGCUCCGCUUAACAACGCCAUGCAGCGACAUUCUAUGCUUCUGUGCAUCGGUACGUCUCUCUCGAUCCUGGGACUGAUCUUCCUGUGCAGCUGGACCAGCAUUUAUAAUUACAUUUUGACAAAGGAAAUGAAGUUGUCUCCUUCCGCCAUACUCUACCAGUACUGGAAGAAGUCCCCUGUUCCUGUAAUCGCAAGCAUCUACCUCUUCAACUGCACGAAUUCUGCCAAGAUGAUGGAAAGGGAUUUCAAACCUGACCUCGUUCAGUUGGGCCCUUACAACUUCAUAGAGACACAAGAGAAAGUGGACGUCACGUGGAAUUCGAACAACACUGUGUCUUACCGGCUUGUGCGUCAUUUCUACUAUGAUGCUGAGAAUUCCAAUGGAAGUCUAGAUGAUUAUAUCACCACACUCGAUAUAGCAGCUUUGACAGCGAGUCACAUGUCCAGGCACUGGAGCUACUUCUCAGCAUUUCCCCUCUCAGCCACCCUCCGAUUGGUCGGAAAGUCUGUCUGGAUGACCAGAUCUGUUGGAGAAUACCUGGUUCAUGGGUACACCGAACCUCUCCUCACACUGUCAAAUAUGAUACCAUGGUCAUUAACUUCUGGAAGAUCGUCGAACAAAAUCGGAUUAAUCUUUGAAAGAAAUGGAUCUGCCACGAUAGAGGGCGUAAUGAAUGUGGACACAGGAGAAGAAGACCUCUCGAAAAUGGGCAAAGUUCAUUACCAUAAUUACGGUAACCAGUCGCAUGUCUUCGAAGCAGACUGCGGGAGGAUCAUGGGUUCUGUUGGAGAAUUUCUUGGCACAAUGCUGACCAGGGAAAAGCCCGUAGACUUAUAUUUUGCGGAUUUUUGCAGAGCUGUUCAGUUUGACUAUGUGGAAGACGCAAUGGUGAACGGUGUCAGUGGUUACCGCUACCAGUUGAGAAAAAACUUCCUAGACAACGGCACCACAGAUCCCGAAACGUGGUGCAAUUGUGCGGGAGUCUGUCUUCCCCAGGGAAUUAUGAACUCAACAACAUGCCUGUCGAAUGCCCCUUUUUACAUAUCCUACCCCCAUUUCCUCAGUGCAGAUCCAUACUACAGACGACAAAUUAAUGGCAUGAAUCCAGAUCCAGCGAUCCACACCACGGAACUGACUGUGGAACCAACAACUGGUAUUCCCAUGACUGGCGCUUUCCGUUUACAGUACAACCUCUUACUGCAAGAAAACCGCAAAAUAGGCUUGUACCGAGACGUUCCGACAGUAAUGGUCCCGACAGUAUGGUUUGACAAGCGGUUCACUCUGCCUCAAGAUUACAUUAAGUACAUCGGCCUGGUCAUCAGGUUACCCGCCAUAGGACUGUAUUUCUUCGCGGGAUUUCUAUUGCUGGGUCUCAUCUUAGUGGCAUCUACGUACGCGCACAAGAUAUUCGAAUAUAAGCAAGUACAUCACAAAGAAAGGAGACAUUCACCCGGGCAUUCAAUGCAAGACCAUUCCUCCAAGAGAAAAGUCCAAUACAACAAGAAACUAGAGCAAACAGAUCCCGAGGAAAACAUAUUGCUCAGUCCCAAGAAACAAACGCUAUUCUCAAGUGACUAAACGGGCCUUUCUAACUAAAUUUCAGUGUUUGAAUCGGUUGUUAUUAAACUUACAUUUUCAGAAGAUACCACAUUUCCUAUGGCAAUAUGCUUUGUCUAGCGCCCAGUCGAUGGACGUCGGAAAUAAUCUAACAACAGACCACAAUAAAAUAUGCAGUGUGAACUGGAAGCAAUCGGAAGAUACAAAGUUGCCAUUGUUGUACUGGGAUCUUGAGACAUUACUAAAUUUGUCUUCUUUUCCUGCGGGCGCUGUAGUCCAUGCUGAACCCUGGCCAUUGAUCGCAGUUGGUUCCGAUCCUGUGACUUUCGUCUCCAAUUUUGUGUUUCCGUCCCGCUGCAAUCGUUAAAAGCUUCCCUAAAUUUGAGGAUUUUUAUGAUGUGGGGUUAUCAACCCUAUCCGCAAUGCAAAAACCUAGAGGAUAUGGGUAUCCCUUUUUGGCACGAACUUUAGUUUUGAUCUGUCUGACGAGGGAGACCGUACCAGGAUCUAUGCUACCGCCAGCAUAGCCCUCAUGAUUAUAUUGUCACGAUUUAGGGACGUGAUUAUAGACGGGGUUUGGAUUUAUGAAUGGAUUUAUGGACCAAUUAUACACACGACUCAGAGCUAUAAGGAAUUACAGCUCUAUCGCUGAUCUACACACUUUACAAAUCAUUACACACUAAGUCUACUCCUGACUGCAGAGUCUUCACUAGUAGUUGCUUGGUAACAGCUCUCAAAAAUGGGAAUUCUUCAACUUCUGUGUUUAAGUCGUUACUGUCAGGCGAAUAUUCUACAACUGAACUGUCAACAGAAAUGAAAAGCCAUAUCUUCUCAGCCUCCCCUUGUAGAACUUAAGUGAACUCAUUGUCAAAGUUAAAGUCAAAGUCAAAAUAAAAAUCAAAGUCUAAGUCA